GCACAAGCUGACACUAGUAGCACUAUACACACUAUCUUUCGCACAUUUCUCCUCAGUCUGCGAUUGCUGAACUGAGGAACGGCUACUCCCGUGUGUGAAGAUUGCAUGUCACAGCUCUUCUUUUUUGUUUUACGGUGUUAUGUACAGAUGCACUGCUUCAUCGUUGGAAUAAAGCAACCAGUAAACUAGUGCCCAGCCAUUCCUUCUAGUGCAGACACACAAACAACACAACAUAGAGAACCAUUACAAUGGUGCCAUGACUUUUCCAGGAAUGAUUUUGGAUCAACAUCAGUUCGUUCACCGUGGGAAAGCUGCAGAGGUUUUUCUCCUUGCGUGGUAUUCAGGUGAAUAAAUACUGGUGAAUAAAAAUGACAUGUGCAUCAUAUAACAGAGGCCUCGUGGCCGUCGUCUUUUUCAUGCUGGGCAUAGGAAUACUACUUCCAUGGAAUUUCUUCAUCACUGCAUUCGAUUAUUUCAAUGAACGGCUAAAUACAACAUCAAGCAGUGUUUCAGAAUCUGACCAGAAAGAUCCGUACAUGUUCAACAACAUGUGUGUGCUGGUCUCCAAGCUACCUUUGCUGUUGUUCACACUCCUGAACUCAUUUGUCUACCAGCAUAUUCCAGAAAAGAUGAGGAUAGCUGGUAGUAUGGGCUUAAUUUUAGGCCUCUUCAUCCUCACAGCUGCUUUAGUGAAAGUCAGAAUGGAACCGGAUCUUUUCUUCUCCAUCACAAUGGCAACCAUCUGGUUCAUAAACAUGUUUGGAGCUGUGCUUCAGGGCAGCCUGUUUGGUCUGGUUGGGAAGUUUCCCUCAAAAUAUAUCUCAUGGUUUAUGAGUGGCCAAGCCAUGGCUGGGAUCUUCUCUGCAGUUGCCAUGUUGAUAUCACAGAUCUCUAAAACAGACAACGAGAGUGCAGCUUUAGGCUACUUCAUCACUCCCUGUGUUGCCACAGUCCUCACACUGUGCUGCUACCUCAUGCUGUCUCACCUGAGAUUUUCUAGAAUGUAUUUAGAAGAUGGAACUAGAAACAAAAAGAUUCAGCCAUAUUUGAAACGGAAACAAAACGACAAUGUGACCUUGGAUGAAGUGAAGCCCACUGAUUCUGGCGACACUCCAGCAGGCACUAGUAAAAGCACGUUAGCUGAGACUGAUGCUGAAGCCUUCAAUACUGCUGAUGGAGUAGACCAACCAGAACAAAAGGCAACAGUGCUGGCAGUGUUUAAGAAGAUUUGGAUGAUGGCUUUGUGCGUGACGUGUGUUUUCGGCGUCACGUUAUCUGUUUUUCCGGCAAUCACUGUGCUGGUGCAGCCAAAUCACCUGUUUACAGGAAUAUGGGCUGAAAUAUUCACGCCUGUCUGUUGUUUCAUUGUCUUCAAUGUAAUGGACUGGAUUGGUCGAAGUAUCACCUCCGUUUUUGAAUGGCCCAGAAAGCAGAGCCGCCUGUUCCCGAUCCUCGUGGCAGCUCGUAUGAUCUUCAUUCCUGCAUUCAUGUUAUGCAACAUUCCAUCUCGCACCUAUCUACCAAGUGUUUUCAAACACGAGUUUGCCUACAUAGUCAUCAUGUCAUUGUUUGCCUUGACAAAUGGAUAUUUUGGCUGUCUCUGCAUAUCCUAUGCUCCACAGUUGGUGAGGUCUAAAGAUGCAGAGACUGCUGGGGCUUUGAUGACCUUUUUCCUGGCUUUGGGACUGUCACUGGGAGGCGUACUCUCAUUUGCCUUGAUAGAACUGCUGUAGUUUUCAGUGAGCACUCAUUGGUCAUGCUGUUCGGGCCGCUAUUCUAUUUUUGCAUUACACAAAUGUAAAAUGUUGCUAUGGUUUGACUCAGGACAAAUUUUGAUGAUAAUAUGUCUGUUUGUUAAUACUGUAAUAUUUUAGUCAUUGUGGACAGCUAGCACUUUAUGGCACCUAAGGACCAUAAUUUCUCCAAAUGUACUUCACUCAGGUGCGUUCAUGAGGUUAUUGGUCAAGAAUAUUCAGAUAUGGUAGUGUAACGAUUAAAUGGUGUCCAAAAGGAAGAAUAUACAGAUCUUGCAGUCACGUGACCGGAAAGUACACAGACGCCAUCUUGUCGGGCAACAACACAGCUGAAUACUGCUGCACUUGUGUACAGAAUGGAUCAAUUUCAACCGACGGACUACACGGCUCAUUUUUCUAAUGAACAGAUAACUAGAUAUAUGUCUAAAAUAAACGAUCUACAGAUUAGUGACCCUUAUGGCUUUCCGGACGGAGUUUUCACGACCGUGUCAGUGGAUUUUGAACUGCCAGCGGAAUACCUGGACGUGUAUAAUUACCUCAUCAACUUUCCCUCGCUGUUCAGUGGUGAAGCACUGCGUGCUUAUAAAUCUCUGCACAGUUAUCUUUACAGAAAUUCAGGAUUUGUCAGCGACUCAGAUGUGGCAUCUUGUAAACAAGAAAAUAAUCCUUACUGGAUGGGUAAGUCACUUAAGUAUUACUAGUACUGCACUGACCAGCCGAUUAUAGAAUAGAAUAAGGUAAUUCCAGCUGUAAUUCCAAAUCGUCCGUUUUGUUUACAUGGAUCUGGUGUU